CCCGACCUCGCAGCACGGUGUUUUUGGGACACUGGAUCCUUUACAGAAUCUGCGCAACAUUGCAGCUCCGAGUCCAGGCCCCACCGCAUCACCUGCGGCCGGGGGCGGGGUGUGGGAUUCGCUAGGUAUGGGCGCCAGUGCACGAGUGAGGGGCACUUACAGGCAGCAGGCGGUGACCUCGUAUUACAACGACCYGCUGGAGCACGCAUGGCACCUGCAGAUCAUGCGAUUCAUUGUCGAGAGCGGCAUGCCGUUCAACUGUGUGAAGCUUGAGAGCUUCAAACGCAUGUUGACGUUGAUCAUCCCGCCUGGGGUUCCAGGAGUCCCCACCCCAAAACCCCCAACGUAUCACAUGAUUUGUACCACACUUUUGGAUGAGCUUGAUGUGGAAGUCCAAAAGUGUGUGAAACCUGUUCUCGCUACUGCAGCUACCUACGGUUGCACGAUAAUGACAGACGGUUGGACCAACAUUCGGGGCCAAACGUUGUGCAACUAUCUCGUCGGCACUACACGGGGCGCCACAUACGUCGCGACAGAUGUUAUGCGAGGAAAGAAGGAUGCCACUGCACUGGCGCAGGCUUGGCUGCGAAGGUUGAAGUCCCUUGACAUCAAGCUCGCUGACAUCACCGCUUUCGUCACAGACUCUACCAGUUCGAACGUUUCUGCGAUGGAGGUGUUCCAGAAGGAUGAGAGUGUCAAGCACAUCUUCUGGAUUCCUUGUGUGGCACACGUCAUGGACCUCAUCCUUGAGGACAUCGGCGGCAUUGACUGGGUGGCGACCCGCAUUGCUCAGGCGCGUUUGGUCACAAAGUUUUUCAAACGUCAUAGCCACGCUCGCGAAGUUUUGCAAGCUUUCACGACGAAGGCUCUGCUGCUUCCGGCCGAGACUCGCUUCGGUACGCAUAUGGUGGACAGCGACACGAGGCAGAUUGGCAAGAUUCUGCGUCGGUACGACGAGAUGAUCGCGCGUUGUUUGUCUGCAUGUGCYGCUUUGGAGAUGGACGAGCAGGACGCGCUGCUUGAAGUGUUUGACAGACGCCGCACCAUGUUCAAGUCGCCUGCUCAUGUUGCUGCCACGAUGUUGGACCCCGAGUUUCGAGACCGCACGGUGCCAGAUGACGAGGAGAUGCAGCACGGUUUGAAACUCGCUCUGAUUCAGUUUGGGUACCCUAAACAUUCGGAUCAGCACAACGAGGUCCUCACUGCCAUUGACAAGUUCCAUUCCAGGGAGCCGCCGUUCGACGACGUGGCCAUGGACCGGGCGGCGAGGAGCUAUACCCAUCCAGCCUGUUUCUGGGAGUCGAAGGAGAAGAGGUUCCCGCACACGGCCUUCUUCGCUGGCAGGAUACUGCGUGUGUGGGCGACUGCGUCGCCUUGCGAGAGAGCUUGGUCCCGUUGGAGUUUCAUCCACUCCGAAUCUCGUAACAGAUUGGAGGUGGCGCGGGCCGAGAAGCUCGUGCGAUGCCAUUGGAACCUUCGGCUCCUCGACAGGCAGGCUAUGUCGGACGAUGCUCCCAGUGACAGGCCACAUCCGUAUGGGAGYUGGGUGCACUACUGGCAGCAGGUGGAGGAGGAGGUGCCCACCGACCAGAGGAGGUGUCGUGGCGGCGGUCGCGGAGGUGGUCGUCGGGGCGGUCGCGGGCGAGGCGGGCGUGGAGGUCCUGGCGGGAGGCGUAGUGUCGCGAGUCGUGGAAGGGCAGUGGACGAGCUAGUACGCAAGCCUCGACAGCGAUGGGAUGAGGGAGACUUUUUGUACGAGAGCUCGUCCAGCGAUGACGAGGAUUUCUUCGGGACUGGCAGACCUGCACAUGAUGGCGACAGCGAUUUCGACGACCGUCACCCGAACGUGGGCGACGACGAUGGCGCCAGUGGCAAUGAUCACGGUGACGAAGGAGAUAGGCCACGACCUGCACAUGGUGACACGAUGCGCGCCGACGGGGCAGGGGGCGAGCACCGCACAGCAGUAGAUCACGCUCGAGAUGGAGUGCAUGAUGAUGGUUCACGACCUGUCUCGGGCGAUGACCUGAGGCGCUUGAAACGCGGACCAAGGGAAAAAGACACUAUCGCUUCACGUGUGCGCAAACGUCAUGGUGGGGUUGCUAGCAUUCCACUAUCACGAGUCCCCGCAACUGGGAAGAUUCCAGUUUCUGAGGACUCUUUHAGCGAUCACGGCGGCGAGGAGCGGAUCGAGCUGCAUGGCGGGAGCGGUCAUCCACGAGCAGCGAGGGCAGCAGCAAACCUAGCAGCUAGAGAACAGGCAGCAGCAGCCAGAGCAGCAGCAAUGGCUAACGGCGCAGCCUCUGCUGCAUCCUCGUCAGGGACCCUGUUGGGAAUGCCCUCAGGGCCCCGCGGGUACUUCCGGGUCACCAUGUCUGACCAAAUGAAAGUAUUGAAGAACAGUGUGCUGUCGCUGCAUGCGCAUGUGGACAGCAGACUGGAUUUCAUGCAGAACUCUUUGGACCAGAUCUUGGACCUUCUGCAAAGGCCAAGAUUUCGGCCAGCAGCACAGUCGCCGUUGCAGUUAACGGCGAUGUCAGGCCCCUUUCCGGUACAAGCUGACACACAACCAAGUGGAGUCGUUGAUAGGGAGGUUGUCCACGCCAUAGAAAUCAUUCCAGGGAGUAAAACCCCAAAGGGAAGGAUCUAUAGGAUGGCUCCGGCCGAGUUGGAAGAACUUCGGCGACAACUGAAAGAGUUGACAGAGAAGGGAUGGAUCCGGCCGAGUACUUCCCCCUACGGAUCUCCACUGCUAUUCGUCCCCAAGAAGGGGGGUACCUUGAGGAUGUGCAUUGAUUAUAGAGGCCUCAAUGCCAUCACAGUGAAAAACGCAGAGCCUCUACCUCGCAUAGACGACCUAUUGGAUAGGAUGCAGGGAUGUAAGUACUAUAGUAAGAUAGACUUAAAAUCCGGCUACCAUCAAAUCGCAAUAAGACCUAAGGAUCAGCACAAGACUGCUUUUCAGACCAGAUAUGGUCUGUAUGAGUUUGUAGUGAUGCCCUUUGGCCUUUGCAAUGCGCCCGGUACAUUCCAGCAUGCCAUGAAUAGGAUCUUCCAUGACCACUUAGAUAAGUUUGUCGUCGUCUACCUUGACGAUAUUCUUAUCUUUAGUAAGUCUGUCGAGGAGCAUGCACAGCACGUCGAGACUAUACUCUCACUCCUGCGACAGCACAAGUAUAAGGUCAACCUAGAGAAAUGUGAAUUUGGACGCACUAAGAUCUUAUACUUGGGUCAUGAAGUAUCCGCGGAAGGUAUUAGGUCGGAAUAUGCGAAAGUGGCUAGUAUAAGGGACUGGCCACGACCUCAGACUGUUACUGAGGUCAGAUCUUUCUUAGGAAUGUGCGACUACUAUAGAAACUUCAUAAAGAACUAUUCCACAGUCGCCUCUCCUUUGACUGAUCUAACUCGACUUGACACGCCGUGGGACUGGAGUGAUGAGUGCGAGGCUGCUUUCAAACGAUUGAAGCAUGCACUCAUGAAUCAUGAGGUUCUUAUGGUGCCCGAUCCUCAGAAGCCAUUCAUUGUAACCACUGACGCAAGCCAAUACGGCAUUGGCGCAGUGCUGGCUCAACAGGAUGGGAAGAAGUUGAGACCGAUUGAGUAUAUGAGCAAAAAGAUGUCAUCUAAGAAACUGGCAAAGUCCACCUAUGAAAGGGAACUCUAUGCUCUCUACAAAGCACUUGUCUGUUGGAGACACUUCCUGUUGGGACGGUUUAUCUACUUCAGAACUGACCAUCAAACCCUCAAAUGGAUCAAGACUCAACCGGCUCUUUCGGAUGCACUCAAGCAUUGGAUUGAGGUCAUAGAUCAGUAUGACUUCAAGCUAGAGUAUCUGAAGGGAGAGUACAACAAGGUUGCAGAUGCACUGUCACGUAGAGCAGACUACCUAGGGGCGCUAGUUUCUGACUUUGGUGUAUUUGAGGAACUAACUCAAUCGCUGGUGGGAGCCUAUCAGGAAGACCCUGUCAUGAUGGACAUCAUACGCAAACUUCAGUAUGAGAAGUUGCUGCAGCAAGCUGUCGAGCACAUCAAGAAAGCUCAGCAAGCAAUGAUUGCUUCUGAGAACAAACAUCGUCGGCAGUCCUCAUUUCAGCGGACCGGCGAGAUAGGCUUAUGUUUUCUUCGAACCGUCGUGGUAGCCGAAUCUCAACCCACAGACUUGUCUUCAGACCCCCGGGUGGUGCGAUUGCUCGACGAAUUCGCCGACGUCUUCGAGGCACCUACCGGCGCGGUGCCGAAUCGACCGAUCUCACACGAGAUCAUUCUCGAGGCCGGUGUCGUGCCGCCGAAAGGUUGCAUCUAUCGCAUGAGGGAGGAGGAACUUACAGUACUCCGCGCGCAGCUCGACGACUUGUUGGACAAAGGCUGGAUCCGGCCCAGCAGCUCACCCUAUGGUGCGUCCGUUCUCUUCGUUCGAAAGAAGAACAAGGACCUUCGCCUAUGCAUCGAUUACCGCAAGCUCAACGCGCAAACCGUCAAGAACGCAGGACCUCUUCCUCGUAUUGACGACCUUCUGAAGCGCUUGGGCGGCGCGAAAAUUUUUUCCAAACUGGAUUUGAAGUCGGGAUAUCAUCAAAUCUCGAUUCGGUCGCAAGAUCGCUACAAGACCACAUUCAAGACACGGUACUGGCACUUCGAGUGGGUCGUCAUGCCUUUUGGACUCACCAACGCCCUGACGACUUUUCAAGCGGCGAUGACCAACGAGUUCCAUGCAAUGCUGGACCGGUUCGUGCUGGUCUACUUGGACGACAUCCUCGUCUAUAGCCGGACCUUGGAGGAACAUCUUGACCAUCUUCGACGAGUGUUGGAGACACUCCGGCGCGCCAAGUUCAAAGCCAACCGCGACAAUUGCGAAUUCGUACGCCAAGAGUGGGAAUACUUCGGCCAUUUCGUCACUCCACAAGGCAUCAGUCCGUUGUCAGACAAGAUUCAAGCCGUCCAAGAUUGGCCGGAGCCGCGGAACGUCACGGAUGUCUGAUCAUUCCUUGGCCUCGCUGUCUACUACCAACGUUUCAUCAGAGGGUACUCGAAGAUCGUGGCUCACUUAACCAAAGCUUCAAUGCGAGGACCGACCGUUUGAUUUCGGAACGGACGCGCGUGAAUCAUUCUUGGCCCUCAAGGCCGCAUUGCUCUCCGCGGAGGUAUUGCGGAUAUACGACCCGCUAUUGCCAACACGUG